GACGUUUGAUAAAAUAUUUGGGUCCUAGCAUUACUCUUCUGGGAUAAGAUGCAACCCAGCACACGCAGAAACACACACACACGGGGCUGAGGACCCUACGCUCCCUCCAUGGCAGCCCUAUGCUGCGCUUCAGUUGUUCCUCCUUCUCAAAUAUCCAAAUCCCUCAAUCCAAACACAAAUCCCCUACCCCUCCCCCCAAUUUUCCCCAUUCCCAAACCCUUUCUUAGUCCCAUUCCCUCUCUUCGCUCUCCCAAAACUCGACCUACGAAUUCGGCAGCAUCGUCAUCCUCCACCGAGGUUGAAGAUGAUCAGAAAGAAAACCAAGUAUCGAUGAGCACCGACGCUCUCCAACGCUUCGUCGACUUGAACCUGGGCAACUGGAUCGGUUUUUUUUACCAAUUUGAUCCUGACGGGAAUUUGUUGCAUAAAUUGAGUACGAAGCUCGCGGUAAGCUCUUACGGCGAAGAUGAACUCCUGAGUUUAAUUCAAACGUUAUACAUCAAACAACCGCCAUCGACCACUUCAAUAUCAGGAGAUGCAUUUGAGCCGGAAUGGGCAGAGUACAAAAUCAAGGAAACCAACAUGUUUACUGUAGACAAAUAUCAGCAGAUUGGUUUUUUCCCCAAUGAAAAGGCCUUUGCACUGCGGUACCAGACAGCUGGCAUGUUAGAAACUGUAUUAAGGCAAGGUGUGCUAGGUGAAGAUGACACUGGAGAAGAAUCGCCCAAAAACCUGAAGCUUCCCUCUCGUCGGCCUUCUAUAGUAUGUGAGAAUUGCCUUUAUUCGCUGGAGAAAGAUAUGCGAGCAAGAGCAUUCCAUAUUUUGGAUCCAAAAGGCAUUGUAGAAAUGCUUCUUAUCUUCCUUGAAGAAAGAGGUUGUGGGGUGCUUAUUCCUCCUUCCUUGGACAAUUCUACGGACAAUACAAACAGGAUAAUACCAUAUCUUGGUAAAUGGAAAGGUCAUUCUAUAACAAAGCGCAGUGGUGUUUAUGGAGCAACAAUUGCUGAAGCUGAGACAAUUACUGUGCUUGAAAUUAAUGAUGAGGGUCAGUUAAUCCAGGAUAUAACCUCUACAUCUAGCGGAGAUUAUGUCACAACUAAUGUACACUGGACCGGUACCAUAUCCAACAACUUGGUCAAAUUUGAUGGUGGCUUCCAGGUGACCUUAUUACCUGGGGGCAUGUACAUGGGAUGCCCAUCUGAUGUGGCGAAGAGUGUUGCAGAAUCCAAGUCAUUCCAUUUGGAGUUCUGUUGGCUUGAGUCACCUGGCAAGAGACAGAGACUGGUUCGCACUUAUGAUGUCGAGGGCUUAGCCGUCUCUUCGACUUAUUUUUUGGAGACCAAAUUAAAAUCAGAAUGAUCGAAUCUGAAUUUUGGGUUCGAGCUAACAAUGGUGUCUGUACUGAUACUUUCAUGGAAAUUAUGGCGAAAAUUGGAUGGAGGAAAUGGCGGCCUCGACGAAGGAUAUUGGAAUGCCAAGCUCCAA